AUGGCGGAGGAGAAGACACAUGGCUCAGCAUCAGAGAACGCCCUGGACGAGGCGGGCCAUUACUUCGACUUCGCCAGAUUCUACAGGAGAAUGGAGGUGUGCGAUCGGACCAUCUGCUUGGAGAUCCUAGCCGACAGCGAGGAAGGAUCCGAACUGGCGUGUUGUGAAGAGAUUCCCGUGAGCUCGAUCGUCGUCGCUGCGAAGAGCCUGGUUCUGCAGAAGAUGCUCUUCUCCGGGAUGCGAGAGUCGGACAAGGGCGCUCCCAUUAUCAUCAGAGUUACCAACGAAGAGAAUGACGCGUUCAAGGAGAUGAUCCGCUUCUUCUACGCCGGCAGCCUCGCCCCCCGGUUCCACGACCCGGCCACCAAUGUGCGCGAUUCCGUGCGGCUCCUCGUUCUGGGCGACAAAUUCGAGGUUCCGUCUCUGAUGGGCGCCGUUCUAGAAUGCCUGAGCAAGCGAGAGAAGAGCGUUUCCGACAGUGCCGUCCUCGUAGACCAGCUGCCGGAGAUUCUCUUCCAGUUCGAAAGAGUCAAGAGAGCCGUAGACGAGGCACGUGCCCACGUCAUCGAGGCGUUCAAGGACGUCAGCGUGACUUGGGACUCUGAAGAGUUUGACCUGAGCCUGAGCCCCGAGGUGCUCGAGAUUCUGCUUCAGUCUGAGGAGCUCGAAGCGGACUCCGAGCAAGAGAUUGUCGAGAAGAGCCUGGCCUGGAUCAGAGGGAGCUACCAGUCUGAAAGUGAGAGGAGACGUCUGGUCGAUAAGCUGACGCAGCACAUCCGGUUCUUCUGCAUCGACGGGGAGUUUCUGGAAUCACUUCUCGCCGCUCCGGAGAUGCAAUCGGAGCCCACUCAAGCGCUUAUCAACAACGCUUUUCGAUUCCAAGCCUACUCUGACGCGAAGAAGGAAGCACUCGGGAAAGUUGCGUGUCAAAGAAAGGGCGUGCGAGACGUCCACCUGGAGAUCAUCAGCGAAUUUGUUCUGGACGAGCCAGGAACGAGGCUGUCGUCAAGGUCGGCGCUGUGGUUUGGGAAAGAAUGGUACGUUGAGUUAGACCAAACGAAGACUCCGGUGCCCACCGUGAGUGUCAACUUGUGCUGCAAGCCUGCUUCCAAUGGGUCACCCGAGGCCUCCAGCACCGCGGAUGAGGUUGAGGCACAGUUCUUCGUGAAAAUCUGGCCGAAUGACAUCUGGAAGUUCUGCGGCAAAACCGAUCCGGAAGCAUUCAGCGUCGUGCCAAAAGACGAGAGUAGCAGCGGCUGGGGACUUUGGGGUGCGCUUAAUGUCUCCUGGGAGGAGGCGAGAACGUCGGAGAGGUUUUUGGGCAGCACGGGUGCCGUGACUAUCAAGGUAGUCGCUCGUCGCUUUCGAAGCCCCAAGCAAUAG